AUGGAGUCGAGCACCGAGGCCAUCUUCGAUGAGGCCCAAUAUCGCGCCCAUGUCCUCCACCACCCCUCACCCGAAUCCGAAGCAGCGCAGGCGCGACAUCUAGCUGAAGAAGCUCAACAACUAGGCCUGCAAGUGCCAGAGAUUCCAAAAUCGGCGCCACUAGCCUCGAUUGCCUCAGGAAUGGUCGAUCUUACCUCCCCAGUCCUGUCUUCUGGAUCGUCCACCGAUCGGAAUUCCGCGUGCGGCUCCGUCACCCCGUCCCACGACCCAUCCUCCCCGGUCUCAUCCGUGCUCGAUCAGAUCGUUGCGUCGCUGUCGGAUGUCACACUUGCGUCGGAUCGCAUUAAGGCAGGCAGUACGCGAUCGCUGGCUUCGCUGUCUACGCGCCCGACUUCGUUUUGCUCUAGUGAGGGGAAAACGGGCCUUACCGGGCACGGAUACAAUGAUCCAUUCGAGGCCAAGUCGCAUCGGCAUUCAAUUCUCAGCGUCGCCUCUGCCGACAAGAAGGAGAAGCGACGGAGCAGCCUGAAGUCUGCCAUUGGGAGAAUCCAUUUCCGCAAGAAGCGCACGUCCUCGGCCCUUGUCUUGCCCUCGGAUCCGCGCAUGAAUGUAUCCACCGGCGACAAAGGCGUUGAACACGUUUUCUUCGAACCUAAACCAGAACCUAAUAAUGCUGCCCAUGAGAAUGCCCCACCCCAUGCGAGAACCGAGGCUUCACUUCCUAGGUUGGCAAUUCCUUUGUUCAGCAAAGAGAUGCUACAAAGAAGUCUGGACGAUCCGGAGCUAAGUGAGGUGCACGAGCGGCAUCGGAUGGAAAGGAGCCGACAUCUCGCCUUCCAAGACGCCGCUUUAAGUACCCUCCGGCGUCGGCACCAGACCGCUCUCUCAGAGCAGCAGUCUGACAACCAGCGCCAGGAGGAAGAGAAACGCGAGAAGAACAUCGAAGCCAUAGCCCAAAUCGAGGAGCGACAGCUAGCGGUGGAAAUCGAACAGCAACGCGAGUUCGAUCGAGCCAAAAUCAACUCGCGCACUCGCAUCAAGCAUAUGGAGGGGUUCCUCCGCAAUACCAGCCCACCGCCAUCCCCCGCCGGAACAUCGACCAGAACAUCGACCAGAACAUCGACCAGAACUUCGACCGGAACUGAACGAUGCUCGGAAUCAUUCUCGGAAUCCGAGUUUACUCCCCCAGCCCGUGUGUUCACUCGCCAACACAUGGAGCAGCUAGAACAACAAUACCACUCCCACAAAAGCAUGGACCAGCUCCACGAAGCCCGAAUCAAAGUCCUCCGUGAUCGCCAAGAAGUUAAGCUGCAGGAAGCCACGGCGCGUAUGGAAAAAGAAUUGGACGAAAUGUGUAACCGACAUCUCCAGGUGGUUGCUACCUUACAAGCCGAGCACCAACGAGAGGAAGCCUCCCUCAUGCAAGCCUUGGAUACGAAGAAGAAAACAUUGCGGCACCGCUGGCAUUUGGAAGAGGCUGUCCUACGUCGGCAUCUCGAGGUGCGGCAUGGCCAAUCAUAUGGUCCUUUGCCGACUCUCACCUUCACAACCCCCAACACCCCCAGUGUUGCAGACCACUCACCACUCGAAACUUCAACCCCAGAUACAAUCCAUCCCAGCCAGGAUUGUAGGGCUCUUUGA